GUUUCAGUUCCUCUUGAGAUAAUGUUUAACAGGUUAUUUUUACACCACUGGCUCUUUUUGCUCCAAAUCUGAAGAAAUAUUUCCGUAGAUUUAGUUACAACUCUACCGUGUUUUCAGUAAAUUUAAACUGAUUUGAUUUUUUAAAAAAACGACAUGUUUUAACCCAGGGUCUUCACACAGGUAACUGAGUUUUCUUCAACUGGUUUAUUUUUGUUGAACUACUACAGACUACAAGGAAGAGAGAACGGUAAAUUUCCAUUCUGUUUUCAGCAUGAUACAGUAAGUACUGAUCAGACCACUUCCUCCACAUCUGUCAACUACAACCUGAAAAUUAAGAGGUGCUGCAUGUCACAGCAGAUUUAUAUGCAUCAUUUCAAUGUGUUUUUCUCAGCUUUGCAGUUAGAAAUUCUUCUCUGAGAAGUAUAUGAAUAUUUGUACAGUGUAGCACCAUGUAUAUUGUUUCAUGUGUAAUGUAUAAUGACAGAUGAAUCUUCUACUUUAGAAGAAGUAAAGAGAAAAUGUUGUGAACAUGGAUUCUGACUCUCAGCUACUCAACUCGAGGAAUGGUCAUGAAACCGGGCAAUGUUUUAGCACUGAGCAAGUAGAGCAGACACCAUUUGAUACAGAUGCAGGUGUCAGUGCCUCCUGUCUCACUACAGCAGAGCUUCAGCAGCAUUGGAGGGCAGUAAAACAAGAGAUUAGGCCUGUCAAGCUGUUGUUUCAGAUCCCAUCUACCCGUACGAUAGAACACAUAACAUCCAGAUAUGUGGUGUAUCAGAUAAUAAUGAUCAGAUCGGGGAGUUAUGAUUGUAAGCAUGUGACCAUCGAGCGCCGCUACUCAGAGUUCCUCCACCUGCACCAUGAGCUCCUUCAGGACUUCAAUGAGGAGCUUGAGGAUGUCACCUUGCCCAAAAAGAGACUGACGGGAAACUUCUCAGAAGAGAACAUCAACGAAAGGCGUGUGACUCUCUGUGACUAUCUGACCCAGCUGUACUCUCGGAGCUACAUCCGCCGCUCGCCUGCUUUUAUAGCAUUCUUCACUCACACUGAGCUUAAGACUGCCUAUGAUCUGUUGCGUGGAGGCCAGUAUUCUCAUGCCCUAGAGGUCCUGCAGAAUGCACUUGUGCUCCAGGAGAAACUGUGUUCUCAUAAUUUGUCCUUGCUCGUGCCAACACUGUGUGCACUGCUGGUGUGCCAGCGAGACCUCGAGGAUUUCCACACAGCUUUCCAGACUGGUCACAGGGCAUUGCCAGGAGUAAGGCGCUAUGGACUGCACAGAUAUCGUACACCGCUGCUGGAGGCCAUGGUCGAUCUGGGGUAUAAAUUACAGCACCCUGUGGCUCAGUUACAAGAGGAGCUCAUUAGAGUUCAAAACUCACCACAUGGACCUGAGUCAAAAAUGUCAUUAAAACAACUUGUGGUGCAAGAGUUUACAUAAACAUAUAUUUCAUUAAAAUGUCCAUAAAAAUGAAUUUAACUUCAUUAAAAUGUCCUCAUACUGAA